GGGAUCGAUUGGUAAGGUUAUCAUGGACCUGGAGAUUUCAAAUAUGCAUGCGAAUUGUGGCUGUUCUUCACCAUCCUUUCCUGGAUUUUUUGAUUCCGUAAUCAUUUAUUCGACCUCCCGCAUUCGCCUUAGCCGAUAAAGCAGCGAUGAGCAAAAUUCUACUCGUGGUAGAAAAUAUCUUUUUAUUAAAUUUGCAAGGUCAUCCUCAGAAAGAGGCUAGAGCUGAGGUUACUUCACCGUUCUGAAGUGGGUAUCACACCGUCUUUAUUAAUCAUUUAACGAUGCCUCUUCAGUAUCAAUAUUCCUUCUUUCGAAUCCCGAAAGACGGAGAUGUAGCCUCCUCGGUAGAUAAAUACAAAAAUCUACGGCUGCAGGCUCUCUCAAUUGCACCAGGCUCAUUCUCAUCAACCUACGAGAUUGAAUCCGCGCUUCCUAAUACUGAGUGGAAAGCUCGUCUAACCGCCGACCAGAAAGAAACGUUUGCAUGCAGCGCAACGCCUUUGCAUAAUGAUGAUCCGCGAUCGGCCAUAUGGGUGGCCCAAUUAACACUGCGUGGGCCGUUGACUAAGGAACAAUUCUCUCUACCAGCAGAGACUGAUCAGAGGAUCCCCGAAGACGACCGAAUGGAGGAGCGAUGGCAAAUGCUAAGUUUAUUUACCCUUCCAGACCACCGUGGGCAGCGACUCGGACAGAAACUUUGUCAGGAGGCUUUGAGCUACCUCAAGUCGUAUCGAACUACUCCGUCGAAAGUGAGGGUACGGCUGAUGGUGAAGCCGGAAAAUCAUGUCACUGUGAAGCUGUAUCAGAAACUCGGAUUUCGUGAGAUAGGAAAAUGUACUUUGGUUGAAGCCUUGAUUGCCAAUGGGGAUGCCGAUCUCCUGCCAGAAGAUAGAAGCGAGGAGAAAUACACUCGCCGGAGUGGUUUGAUCAUGGUGUCGGAGAUUUCUCGCUUGGAAUAAUGCAACAUUUGAAGGAGGUGAAAAAUCGGUUACUUUUCUACUUUGAUCUGUGUGGUAGUGCGGGGAAUAUACAUCUAACACGUGAAAUGAAAGGUACAAAUAUUGAACUAGAGUUUUCUUUCAGAUAUCGUCCUACACCUCUAUUCAAUUCUGGUAAAUUACAAGAGAUACAUAUGAUAUUGAAGGCCAUGUUUUGGGGGUCAUGAACAACAUCAGUGGCCGCAAAAUCUAGAAGAGCAUCUAGGCUACUACAUGUAAACCCUAUGGCAG